UAGUUUACACUCAACUCGAGAUUCAAUCAAGCCAAUAAAAAGAUAGAGGUUUAGAGGUCGUGUCGUGUGCAGUUGGCAAGAUCUCGGCCUUCAAGCUUCAGUUGUUUGACAAACGCGACGUGUUUUUGGUUAUUUUUGUGAAAUAAUCCAUUGGACCGAAGAAAUGGCUGCACCAAUCAAGGUCGUCGUUACCGGAGCGGCGGGUCAAAUCGCGUACUCCUUGCUGUACCAAAUCGCCUCUGGAGCAGUAUUUGGCCCUGAGCAGCCCGUGUACCUCCACCUUCUAGAUAUCGCCCCAAUGAUGGGCGUCUUGGAAGGUGUGGUAAUGGAACUGGCAGACUGUGCACUACCUCUUCUUGUUGGCGUCCUACCCACAGCUAGCCCCGAGGAGGCAUUUAAGGAUGUGGCUGCCGCCUUCCUUGUUGGUGCAAUGCCCAGGAAAGAAGGCAUGGAAAGAAAAGAUCUUCUCUCUGCCAAUGUUCGAAUUUUCAAAGAGCAGGGACAGGCCAUUGAUAAAGUUGCUCGCAAAGACAUCAAAGUCCUGGUUGUUGGCAACCCUGCCAACACUAAUGCCUUCAUUUGCUCUAAAUAUGCUCCUUCUAUUCCUAAGGAAAACUUCACAGCAAUGACUCGUCUGGAUCAGAACCGUGCCCAGUCACAAUUGGCAGCUAAACUUGGAGUACCAGUGAAGGAUGUAAAGAAUGUUGUCAUCUGGGGUAACCACUCUUCCACUCAGUUCCCUGAUGCCUCCAAUGCUGUGGUGACAGUCGGAGGUGCCCAGAAACCAGUCCCAGCUGCCAUAAAUGAUAAUGAAUAUCUAACAAACACUUUUGUGUCCACUGUACAAAAACGAGGUGCUGCUGUCAUUGCUGCAAGGAAAAUGUCUUCAGCCUUGUCUGCAGCUAAGGCUGCUUCUGAUCAUAUGAGGGAUUGGUUCCUUGGCACAGGUGACCGCUGGGUGAGUAUGGGUGUUGUGUCUGAUGGAUCAUAUGGCACACCCAAGGAUGUUGUCUUCUCAUUCCCUGUCACCGUUAACAAUGGUAAAUGGAAAAUCGUUGAGGGACUGACUAUCUCCGACUUUGCACGCAAAAUGUUGGACAAUACAGGCAAAGAGUUGGCUGAGGAGAAACAGGAUGCGCUGGAUGUGUGCAAAGAUUGACUGAGUAAAGUUUAAGAUUGAAAAUCAAUGUAUUUAAUAGCAUUACACAUAUUUGUAUAGGGUAUACACCUAAUGGUUUUAUUAGAAAAUGUUAUUGGCAAUAAUAAAGUUGUUGAUAUAAACUAAAA